AGCAAGUGUCCCCGUGGUGUGACGUUCGAUCAGUCGCUUCUUGUCGGUGAACCGGUGAAGGACAAACGAGAGGAGCAGCAGCCCGGGUGCAAGUGCAAGGUGCCAGUGAGAUAACCUCACAGUCACAGUGAUUGUUAGUGUGGAUUACUAGAAAGAGGACACUACUCCGGGGAGUGCUAGUGGAGAAAACACCGCCAGGGAUUCAUCUUUUGGACUGGAAAGUUCGCUAGUGUGCGCGAGUGUGGACUACGACAACCGGAUAGCCGGAUUCUCUGUUGUUUUUCGUGCCGGAUUCCGGAGUGAGUGUUUACCGAAGGCAGGACGCACACACCAUGCAUACCCUGUUUACGGAUCAGCGUCAUUACGGGCACGGUACGACGGCCGGAUAUCCGACAAACGGCCCGACGAUGGCCUCCGCUCACCACUACACGUACGAUCAGUACUCGCGGUACGCGUACGCCGGUUCUGCGUACGCGCUGGCCGCACCACACCAGAACAAGGAGAUGGUAAAACCCCCGUACUCCUACAUCGCCCUUAUCGCGAUGGCGAUCCAGAACUCGUCGGACAAAAAGAUCACCCUGAACGGUAUCUACCAGUACAUCAUGGAUCGGUUCCCGUACUACCGGGACAACAAGCAGGGCUGGCAGAACUCGAUCCGUCACAAUCUUAGCCUGAACGAGUGCUUCGUGAAGGUGGCACGGGAUGAUAAGAAACCGGGCAAAGGAAGCUACUGGACGCUUGAUCCCGAUUCCUACAACAUGUUCGACAAUGGGUCGUUUCUGCGCCGUCGACGGCGCUUCAAGAAAAAGGACGCCCUGAAGGAGAAGGAAGAGCUGAUGAAACGCCAAACGAUGCUGCUGGACGAGAAGAUGGGCGGGGAUAUUAAGCCGAUCAAGAUUAUGGCGGGUGGCGGGGCGGUAACCGGUGGUCUAGGGAGUCAUCAUCAUCCGCACCAUCAUCCGCACCACCACCACCAUCAUCUACCGACGACGCUGGAUGGGAAAGUGGGAGGACACCAUCACCAUCAUCAUCACCACCAUCCGCAUCAUCAGACACUCGGGCAUCACCAUCAUCAUCAUCAUCAGACGUUUAAACGGGAACCGGGCCUGGAGCUAGCGGCCGCGGCCCAGUGUAUGGUGAAGGAUGGAUUGACGUCGUCGCUGCUCAACACCUGCCACGAUACGUUCGCAUCGCAGAUGAAUCAUCUCUCGUCGGCCGCCAGUGAUCAUGGCUUUACGGUCGAUUCGCUGAUGAACGUUUACAAUCCGCGGCUUCAUCACUCGACCUAUCCGUACCACUUCCAAGCGGACACCGUCGAUAACCUGAUGCCAUCGUCAGCGGUUGCGGCUGCUGUGAGUGCGGGAACGGCGGCCGCUGCCGGUCAGUUGAUGACGACCGGGCGGCAUCAUCACAGUAGCUCCGGUGGUGGUGGUGGUGGUGGUAGUGGUAGUGGUGGUGGUGGUGCGGGUGGUGCAUCACAUCAGCACCAACAUCCGCCACCACACGGUGGCUGGUAUACACCGGAAACACCGCCAGAAUCCAUCGGUAAUACGUCCGGAAGCUCGACCACCACUCCAACGACACUGCCUUCUGUUACGGUGACACCGACGGGAGGUGCCGGUGGUCUCGGUGGUCUUGGUUCCGGAGGCCUUUCCCUGCACUCCGCUGGCACUCCAGGGCAGAGUGUGUUGGGUGGGGUGGUGAAUGGAGGAAGUCUCGUCGGUGGCGGUUUCCGGGAUAUGGUGUUCGAUCACAACCAGGGCUCGGUCCAGUGUCAGAUGUCGGACCCGGCCGGGAGUCCCGGUGGCCACAGUCUUACGUCCGCCAGUCCACCGGUUAAUUCGGCGGCGACAGCGGCAGCAGCUGCUGCGGCUGCGGCCAGUGGCCAUCUCGGGGGUCAGCUCGGGAGCCACCUCGGACACUAUCGAUCUCACGUCGGGUACUACCAGGAUUGUGGACUUAAGUAUGGCGUGUAAGCCGAUGGUGUGCCGCCACACAUCGACAUCGUUCCGUUGCAGUAUCGCCGCGUCACCGCAUCCACUACCCUCACCCGCAGUUCGCUUCUAGUCCGUGGCGCGUUCCGUUCAUCAUGCCAAGGUCACCGUGGAUUCGUGAGGGCGCCGAAGCUCGGGCGCCACAAGUGCUGCUUCUCGAGACCUCAAUCUCGAGACCGGCUGUGCUCCGAGACAGACGCACAAGGAGAGAGAGAGAGAGAGAGAGAGAAGUCAAGUAGCUCUUUUGCGGUUUGGUGGAAGGUGUCUUUCCGCCGGCAGAAGAUCGGUCGAUGGACCGCCGCGUUGUAACCGCCAAACGCUGUCGUCAUCGUUGGCGUUGAUCUCCGGAACAAGCGCGCCUGAUGAGGUGAACCAAAAAUUAGAGAAUCAUUUAGGAAGGCCGGCGCCGGACUUCGGUCUGGUGGCGAUGGGAACUGCAGGGACCUCGGGAGAGAGAGAGAGAGAGAAGCUGACCAGCUGGUAGUGGGGUAGGUAGGUGGUGCACGCGUGCUCCCCUUUGUAAAUUAAUAAAAAAAAAACCGCGUUUUCGAGUUAAGUGUAGGAAAGGUUAGGUUGUAAGUGAUAUUAAGUUAUACGUUACGGUUGGGCCACGGGGCCCUUCACGUCGAGCCUAGGUCGCUGUAGCGAAAGAAUGGGGACUAGGGCCGGAAAAUGAA